GCCUCAGGUCCUGGUGUCGCUCGGGCGCUCGCGGCGCUGGGACGCUUGGCGAAAGCGAAAGAGCAAGUGGAGGCCCUCUCCGACUUGGAGCGCGCUCUGUCGUCCCAGAAGGCCGCUCUCUUGCAGCAGCUGACACGCACAGCCUGUGUCAAUGCGGCGCUCACUGCCUGUCGCCUCGGAUCAGCAUGGCAGGUGGCCCUGGAGGCUUUGCGGAAAAUGCUUCGUGGCGGAGGAUCGACACCGAGUCCUGAUCACAUCACAUUUGCCACCUGCAUACUCGUCCGACCCUCAGCCCGUUGUCGCUGGAAUUUGGCCUUCGUGCUGAUGGAGGCCAUGGGAUCGCAUCGAAUUCCCUUGACCACCGGGGUCUUCAAUGCUGCUCUCAUUUGCUUACAACGUUCGCAGCAAUGGCAGGCUUCGCUGCAACUUCUGGAAGGUAUGGAUGACCACGCUGUUCAACCGGACCUGGUGAGCGUGAACUCAGUGCUGGCUUCCUGCGGCGCUGCAACCAACUGGCUUCUGGUCCUCGGCCUGCUCAACGAGGCGCGUACUCGCUAUGACAUCGGUCCACUGUCGACUGUGAGCUACAAUACGGCACUGGCUGCGUGCGGACGUCUGAUCCUCAAAGGAGCCUUGCUCUGGCAAGCCAGCAUUUUCCUUUUGGAGGAGCUCCGCCGUCGGGUCGCCUUGAGCUCCGCAGCACGAGGACUCUCGCGGCCACUGAAGCUUAAAGGGGCGCCGGUGCUUCUGCUGGACGAUGAUGAGUGCCCACUUCCGCCUGGCGAAGGCCUCACCGCGGUCGUUGGUUGCCUUCUGCCGGGUUGCAACGCAGCCCUUUCGGGCUGUGAAAGAGCUUCGCAGUGGCUCAAGGCCCUCGAUCUCCUGGCAGCUAUGAACGUCGACAAGGACUCACCAUGGACGCAGGUCGUCAGCUACAACACGUGCAUCAGUGCAUGCGAGAAGGCUACCAGUUGGACAUGGGCCCUGCAUCUUCUCGUAUCGCUUUCCUCGGAUCUUGGACGACCUCCGGAUGCAAUCAGCCUGAACAGCACCGCGCUGGCUUUGACCAGGGCAACACGAUGGCCGGCGGCGGUGGAGCUACUUUGCUUAGCCCAGAAGUUGGGCUCCAUUCGGCUGAACGCUGUCAGCAGCCUGGCGCUCGUCACUGCUUGUGGCCAGGGCGGCCUUUGGCAGCGCGCGUGCGACCCCUGGCAAGAGCAGUGGCAGCGGCUGAGCGACGACCCGGUCACGCAGCGGAACGUGUACAACGCGACGAUGAGUGCGUGUGAGCAGUCCCGCCGAUGGGCAGAGGCCCUCGAUCUGUUGCGAACGUGGUGGAGCAAGUCGAUGGUGUUGGACCAGGUUGCCGUCAACACCGCUGCAAGUGCAUGUGCGCUGCGCUGGGAAGUGGCGCUAGAAGUUCUACGAACGUACAGGCUCUUCUCAGCUUCGGAUCCAGAAGGUGCAGCAGGUCUCAGUGCUGUGGGCUUUGGCUGUGCUGCUGCGGGAGCCUGGGUGUGGGCCCUGCGCUUGCUUGACCGAGCCAGCCAGCAACAAGGAUGGUGGUCGAAGCAUGCUGCUGCCCACAUUGGUGGCCUUGCUGUGGCCCUGCUGGGAGCAGUUCGGGCAUGCGAGAACUACUUGCAGGCGCCGACGCUGCAUCGCUUGCUGCGGCGUCGGCCCACAAAGGCUUGCAGUGGAGCUCGGCUGCUGCUGUGGGACAUGCUGAGCCCUUUGCCAGGUUUGAAAGACGAAGGGCUGCGAGCAGAGCUAUCAGAGAUGUUCCACAGGCAUCAGCUGAGCUUCAGCCUCGUCUCGCCGGCCAUGUUUUGGGGCCACGGCAUCGCACUGCUUGCUGUGAGGAAGUCACUUGAAACGGACUUGGUGGCCAAGGGGCAAAGCUCUGCAAGCACCGUGCGUGAUCCAGAUGGGUUGAAACUUGUCGUCUUUGCGAAGACGGCGCAGCUUAUCCGCGCAAGGCUGCUGGCUGUUGGUUAUGACAAUUGCCUCGUUGCCCAGCGCAUCAACCUAGCCUGCGCAGACCUGCAAACCUGGUGGAUGGCUGGCUGGCAGCUCAGGUAG